CGAGCUUCCACUUGGUAUUAGUAUCUUGCGAGGACCUCCAGCGUAAUGGUGACCCGCGCGUGCACCGUCCUCCUGCUGGCGGCGACGGCCUCCCUGGCGCUCUCUGGGGCCUCGGCGAGUCCCUUCCCCGAGGCCGAGGCGAGCCCGACCAAGUACGGCUUGAGCUUCGGUGGCGUCGGGAAGUACGCCAGUUAUGGUGGUCACGGCGGGCAUGGUGGUCAUGGUGGGCACGGAGCCCACGGCCAUGACGACUACGGCCCAUAUGUAGGCCACGGGUAUUACGAUUUUUAUGGGGGACUUGACAAAUUUGGCGGCCUUGGGUAUGGCAAGGGUGGGUUAUUUGACAAGUUUGGCGGCUAUGGAGGCAAGGGUGGGUUAUUUGACAAGUUUGAAGGGUAUGCAGGCUUUGACCCAUAUGGCAAGGGUGGGUUAUUUAACAAGUUUGGCGGGUAUGGCGGUGGGUAUGGCGGUGGGUAUGGAGGCGGGUAUGGAGGCGGGUAUGGAGGUCCUGGAAAAUUUGGCGGUCACGGUCUGCUAGGAUUCUACCCGUUUUUGGGAUACUACCCGUUCUAUGGAUGAACGGAAGGAAGUGACUGAGAACCCUUCGGAGCAAGCAUCGUGGGAAGGUUAAUCGUCGAAAACUUCUUGGUGAGACGUUCCUGAAAUUAUAAGUCGGUGUUAUUCACGAUGUUGAAUUUAUAAUAAAAUCAUAUAACUUU